GUGUUUUAUAGUUGCACUAAUUUCUUUUAAAAUGCCUGUGUCCGAUAGCACAAUUCUCACCGUUGAUCUAAAUUACUCGAUGACGUGGGCAUAGCUUCUACGAGAAAUCAAAAUGCCUAAUUGCAUAAACAUAAUUACACUGAUUAACGUUUUGAUUGAUUACCUUACGGCACGUAUUCCAAUCUACGAAUUGUAGCUAGUGAGUAUGCAAGGCAUAUCGAUUUAGUACAAAUUAUGAGGAUGGCACCGGAUUUGAGAUUUGCGCCGUCAUACUUGCGGUAAACAUACACUGCUGUUCCACUUACUUUUUUAAUGAAAGUUGUUUUAUGCAUUCAAGCACAAAAAUAACUGGAUUGCCAAUGCAUUUCGUCCGGGCACUUUAAAAAUUAAUAUCUUGAAACUGGCGUAGUCGUGAGAAUUCGUUCCAAGUGGAUAUGCCUUGCAUACUCACUGACUAUUGUAUUUCCCGGUCUAUAUAAGUCGCACCUUUGUAUAAGACGCACCCCCUCGAAACGGCAGUUUUUCCGAAAAAACAAAACGUGUAUAAGUCGCACCGGUGCAUAAGACGCACCUGUUCAUUCAGUAAGCGAUUAAAAAAAUUACAGUGACGUUUCACUCUGUGAACGCGGGUCAUGCGCAAGCUUAUGGGUGCCAUUCCUAUAUAAUUGCGAUAGUGAUGGUACGGACACUCCAGGCGCAUUUCUGCCGUCGUGGUUGCCGCGAUGAUCCGUCCAUCGCGAUGAAUUCCGAUUAAGGUCCAAGGGCGAUAACAUCGUCCCCGCGCGCCGUAUGCUGUAUGUGCGAGUGAAAGCGUGCGACGGUGAGCCAAAUCGCGCACAAGGCAGGAAAGCGGGAAGGCAGCGCGGGAGGGAUGGUGGACGGCUUGUGCUCUGGUAGCAACUGCGUAGUUUGCGCAGCUGCGCGCGCCGUAUCUUGACAGCGAUCUGCAGAUGCGACGACUUCGGGGUCAUUUGACUCGCGGUCGGCCUGCCGCCGCUUGCGUUGCUGCUCCGUCCUUCUGGCACGGCGCUCGGGAACUCGAUCACGAGGAGAACCCGGUACCUCGAUAGCGUGCACAGAACCCGUAGCAAUUAAGUCAACCAGCGCGCUUCGCGUGGCCAUAACAUCGAAUCUAAUUUUGACGGCAGUUUUCCCGAAAAAAAAAAAAAAAACGUGCAUAAGUCGGCUCUAUAAGACGCCCCGACGAAAUUUUCAGAAAAAAAGUGCGUCUUAUACACCGGGAAAUACGGUACAAUUCAGACCCGCCGUGGUUGCUUAGUGGCUAUGGUGUUGGGCUGCUAAGCACGAGGUCGCGGGAUCGAAUCCCGGCCACGGUGGCCGCAUUUCAAUGGGGGCGAAAUGCGAGAACACCCGUGUACUUAAAUUUAGGUGCACGUUAAAGAACCCCAGGUGGUCCAAAUUACUCCGGAGUCCCCCACUACGGCGUGCCUCAUAAUCAGAUCAUGGUUUUGGCACGUAAAACCCCAUAAUUUAAAUAAACUACAAUUCGUAGAUUGAAAUAUGUACCUAAAUUAAUGGAAAAGUUAAUUCGUGUAAUUAUGUUAAUUCAAUUAACCAUUUUGGUUUCUUGUAGAAGUAAUGGCCACCUCACCGAGUAAUUUGGAUCAAGAGUUAUUGAUUGUGCAAUCUGUCACAAGAACACAUUUAAUUUCGACGUUUCGGCCGGCGUCCGGCCUUCAUCAAGAGUGCGAUUGCACACAGAGCUCAAUUUAUACAAUUUCUCCGUAAGAGUGGGGGGGGGAAAAGAGAAAGAAAAAAUGUAAGUAGCCUAUGACCACAAGUCAGCGUACAUUUAGUGGCGUCAUGAAUACCAACUCGUGCAUUAAAAAAAAUGCUAUUAAAGCGUCCUCAUACAUACACUGGCGUUCUGAACGAAAAAAAAAACAAAACAAAAAAAAAAACGUUAAUCUAACACGUGCACGUUCAGUCCACAAGGGACGAAAGACAGACAGUGGAGUGUAGGGGAGAGGGGUCACAUGUGAGCUUGCGAGGCGUCGCUGCUGCCAGGAGAGGGUUUCUUUUGUUCUUUGUUUGAAGUUACUGUAGCAUUUGUGGAACCACAAAGACGGUCAAUACAUCCCCGCCUUGUUUUGUGUACAUACAGGGUGUCCCAGCUGUCACGCUGCACGAUUUUAAAAAGGGAACGGCGUUACGCGAAGCACACCUAGUGCGUAUUGUUUCCAGUACAGUGGAGUAGCCGCCACAAAAUCUUUCGUUACUGAGAUUUAAAUAGGUAAUUGUAAUUAAUUAUCCAACUCCAGAAGUACUGUCCUAAUCAUCAAAGUGUCAAUGAGAACAUUGUAGAGCAAUAUGAAAAACUCCCGAUACAGCUUUCUGUUGCUCAAUACGUGCUACAAUACGUGUUUUUCCGAGCGUGAAAGAAGCCCGCGAAUACACGCAGUGCCUCGAGCGGCCAGUCGCGCGGCAAUUCUGCGCGCUUGGUACCUUUUCCCCCUUUGUUAAUUUAUGGCUAUAAAGACAUGCACUGUGCAAAAAAAAAAAAUGGAAUUAGCUGAAGACAAGUUAUUCCGAAUCUGACGUUCCUUCGUGCAAUGAAAAACUGCGGGCCAAGUGGCGUGAGCGGCACAUGAAAAGCUUUAGUUCGCAAGUGUUUUCAUGUCGAGAAAGUAUUACUGACUGGUUUUUAAGUAAUACAUCGUCAAGUAAAGAGUUAUACUUAAGUUCAUGCAAUAGUGAUGAAGGAGGGGGGAGGGGGGGUAUGACAGACAGGUCCUCCAGGUAGGCGCGCCUAUUUAGUGUGGUUACGCUUGAAUAACGUGAAGAAUCGGGAAAGAUCAACCGAGCAGCGCGGUUUUGCAGGGCUGCACUGUCGUUAGUUAAACGUACUGUACACCCGUAAGCAAAAAUAUUCGAACCGCAGACUCGUCGAAAAAAAUAUAUAUAUAAUUUUUUUCGUAAUCCGGACUCACAAACUUCUAAAGUGAAGAGUGCACUGAAAAGUGCGUACUGUUGUCCUCAAUUUCAAGUUACAUUCGUAGGCAAAGAAAAUCGUCUUUAUCGUGGAAUAUCUGGUCCGUGUGCUUUUGCUUAGGGGCGUACGUGGUCAGGGUCCCAAAUGGCGGAAGCAUAAUCAACCUUCGGCCGAAAUAGUGUUACGUAAGCUAGCUUGUGCAAGUGAGAAAAAAGGCAUGUUUCAUAAUGCGUUUGAGCAGACCGAGUGAGCGUUUUGCGGGAAAUGUUCAGUGUCGGUUUUCCGUUUGAUAUAAUCAACACCGAGGUUCAUCUACAAUUUUCUAUUUUUUUUAUUAUUUAAUAAACGUCUUUCUCUCUCUCUCUCUCUCUUGUAAGAAGAAACGUGCUCAAAUAAACUUAUUUUUGUGUCAGAAGUUUGUAUCGGGCGAGCACGGUUAGUGAAAGGCAAAUUUAUGGCAUCCUCGACAAAUCGCACCGUGGCGCCGUUCCAUCCAGUUAUCCUCGGUCCCAAGGCGGUGCAUUUUAUCGAAAAUUCCAUUAGUUUUAUAUAGAUUCAGUGUCAUUAACCAUGAUGAGUACCAUGUGUUAAUUGCGUCUAGGUCAGAUUGUAGUAGUAAACCGCAAGGGCUGCAUUAAAUGUUGCGGCAUAUCACUCAUUCAUCGACAAAUAGCCUAAUUUUGUACGAAACAGUUUGGUAAAUUGAUAUAUCAUUCGAGUAAGGGGGCCAAGUACACUACCCUGUCGUACCACAUGUGACGUGAUCGUAAGAUCAUCUGAUAUUAACAUAACUGUACUGGAGAGUAUUUGAAAAAAAUAUUUGAUCCAUGCAAUUACAUAAUAUGGAUAUUAAGCAUUGCCUGUGGCAGGCAGCACAAUUCCUCCUCUUCGACCGGAAUGGAUCACUUCUUGAGGCAGACAAAGCUACGUAACAAUUAAAGUUUAUUGUCACGGAAGUGUAACGUUGUUCAAUACAUUAGCCUUUACAGUAACCAACCAGUCGAAUGCGAACACGAAAAUACAAAAAAAAGUAAUACUGCGCUAAACGUACGUGACGCGUUAGUGAUAUAAACUCGAAAAUUGAAACUAUAAAAUGAAAGUCAUAGACCUCUAAACCCUAUAAAUAAAAAACAGUGACAAGCCUCAGAGCGCCGUAAAUAAUUAGUUCUUCUACAGCCAGUUUCGGUUUAAUUUCCAGGAGGAUGCUGUGUCGUCACGCCAGUAUGCGGGAGCAAGACGUUGCGACGUUUUGGCAGUCUCUCGGUCGCCUCGUAUGUUGCUACUCGUUGUGGGCAGCAUAGUAUAUCAAAUUAUUUACGGCGCUCCGAGGCUUGUCACUAUAUAGAGUUCUAUGACCUUCAUUUAACGCAAAAAAAAUGAAUAGUCGAAAAUAUCAUUACCAGUCAUGAUGUGACCUCAGCCGUGAUGUGACCUCAAAAUCAAACCCACGACCCCCCUCCAUUCCGUGAGCAGAACGGCAGAGCCGCUGUGGGUGCUUAGCCAUGGCGCCGCUUUCACCUGCGAGGGGAAGGCUAUACGUAAAGAAUAGAACAGCGCUGCCUAUUUUCCCCGACGUCCAGAUGGUUCGUUAUCCUGACGUCAUUUGGUGCCGACACGAAGACUGCGGAAGCACGAUGCGCGCAAAGGAGAAUCUGCCUCCCAAGGAGCGAAACGGGAACCUUUGUCAGCGCCUACGCGCAUUCUUCGUGCCCGUCUUGCGCAGUCUGGACCGCAAGCGAGCUUCGUAUAUGCUUGCGCUGUUGUCCAAAAAGAGGCAGGCACAGUGUGCGGAGGUCUUCUUCGGCGUACAUUGUCACCAGGCAUUGGCCGUGUUUACGAACACCAUGUGUUUCGCAUUUCGUGAGAGGCCCGCCCGCUGUAUAUAGCGGCCUCUCGGCAGUAUACCACCAUAUGUGUGGACGCCCAAGGCAGGUACAGAUAGCAGGCCGCGGUGCCUUCAACGUUCGGCACCUCAGACGGACGUGCCGUGCUUGUCGCCGUUUCACUCGUUCCACCUUCCUUAUACCAGCAGUUUCGCACCCGCUCCCGUGAGCGCACGGCACCCGGCAAAGUAAACACCCGGCAAAGUAAACGGCCAGCGUGGCGGCGAUAGCGGCGUAAUUGGACGGGGGGCAACAACCUCCGUAAAAGUGGCGACGGCAGCAUGGGUGGUGGGCCGCCGCUUCUUUCCCCACCAUAUGUGGGAGAAGCGGGAUAUACUUUCCUUUUUUUCGCUUCCUCGGUCGCGCUGUCGUUGCUUGUGGAGGUAGGUGCGCUGCUUUGUCGCAGCCGACCGACAUCUGGUCGAGUGGCCCACGGCGGUCCUGCGAGUAUGGGGAAGAAACAAUGGGACAGGAAAACGGCUACACCGGCUCCGGGCCACGGAAGGAUUGCGGGCUUUCGGUGUGGGUGGUGUGCUUCCGAAACGAAUUCGUGCGCGCGGCGAGCGAAGCUGCAUUUUUGUUUCUUUACAUCAGCACCGCCAUCCCCGCGGUUUCGUUAAAUUUAUCCUUUGUCGCAUCCAUAGCCGCAGGUGCGGCAAAAAACUUCACUGGCGGCAGAAAAGUGGCGAGUCUUCGUUUAUUUUCUUGCGUAGCGGACGACCUUGCGUUCAUCCGUACGUUCGCGCGAUCAUUGGUCGUCAGUCUGCCUACUGCAAUCGCAGACGGCGAGAAAUUGGGAGGAAAGGAAAUGGCGAGGCGAGGGCGUUUCGUCUGAGCGCCUACGCGCAAGGCAGCGUGCUAGUUGCCCCUCUACCCCCUUCCUGUUUUCUUUUUGUAUCUUCCCAUUGGUCGGUUCGCCCAGCGGUUCAAGAAGCUGCCGUGGUUGCGCGUGCCAUGUUUUGCCAAACGUGCUCUCUUCAGAGUCCGUCUGCUGCAACCGAGGCGUUGGAAGCUACACGAAGUUUUUGGGGAGCUCCCCCUCCUACUCUCUCCUGUUUCCGUUCUUUCUUUUGUUGUUUCUGUUCCUCGCGCCGCGCUACGUACGCUGGCGUCGGCGCGAAAAGCAAAAGUGCGUAUGGGGGGAGAAAAGCGCCGCCAUCGUCGGUGCCUGAGGCACGUUCGUCCAAUGAGCCCGCCUCUCUCCGCCUGUCUCCGGUCGCUUCUUCCCGUAGACUUUAUAAUUAGAGCCAGCAGCACCAACUCCUCGCGCAACACCAACGCUGUGCGCGCUGUGAAGAAAGUAAACAAGAGCUUGCCGCCCUCCGGCCAUAGCUGUUGCCCUUCGCACCAUACUAGCUCGUGGCACUUUAUGCGCCGUUGAAGCGACGUGAACCGCUUCCCUGCCGCACACCCUCUCCCGUUCUCCUUUGCAUAGCGGGACAAAGUUCAGAGUUCCUAGCGUUGUUGUUAUUGUUGCUGCACACGGCGGCCCCUCCCUCCGCUGCAUACGCUCCUCCUCGGUGCUUGAGACAGAGCCAAAGAAAAUAAAAUAGUAAUGAGGAAGGAAAAGGAAAGGCGCCCAAAAAGAGCGAAGCCACCGAUGCUGAGUACAGAACUUCGGUCAGAAACGGAUCUCGAGGUCGCACGCGCGCACACGUGAAAAUUGAAGUCGCCUGAAAGACACUGCUCUCCCGGUUGUCAUAGAAGAAACGGGGUGCAUUUCCAUGUUCGCCGGCGCCGAAGUUUCGGCUCUGGACGUGCCCACAGCGUACCAGCGGCAUUACCAGCCGUCCGGCGCCCCCACUGCAGCAACUACUGCCUACGAGCGCUGCUACGCAUCAACGGCUGUUCUGAUGCGCCGCCCGCCGUAUCCAGAAGUCGCCUCGGCGGCCUUCUACCCUCUGGACGAUGUGCCGGUGCCUUGCUCCACGCUGGCGGAUCAUCAUCGCCACACCCCUUCGUACGCAGUGUAUGACCGCAGUUACGUCGACGCCCCGCCUUCUUCGUUCCUGUACAGCGCUGCCGCUGCGGCUUACGACUGCGUAUACGGUGACUGCCCAGAUUGCAUGGAGGCCGGCUACUCGCCUGCGCCUGGCGGUAGCCGGUCACCCGCCGGAGCGGACGACGAAGACGCCAAGUCCUCAGGUGCCGCCUGCCCGUCGCAGACGUCGCCCGCCAUGUCGCGGCGCGCUAGCAGCGUAGCUCGCAAGAGGAGCCUCUCCCAGGCCGAGCUGGAGCGGCGCAGGUCCUUGGCGAACCACCAGGAACGGCGUCGCAUGCACCGGCUCAACUCGGCGCUGGAUCGACUCCGUAGCACGAUACCGCCGCGCCUGCAGAACGGCAGUCGGCGCCUGUCCAAGAUCAAGACGCUCAAGAUGGCCAUCAACUACAUCGUCGAGCUGCAGACCGUGCUGGGCCCGACGACUGUCUCUGGCGCUGGCGGCACUGUCGUCAGCUGUGCGCCGCCCUCCCGUUCCUGGAACUGCUGAACGAUAGCCGCAUUUUCUUCGUGCAGUGUUAUGUACCGACUGUCGUGCAUGUGAGUCAGCUACGUGGAACGAGCGGUGAGAUUACGGUUGACACUACGUCGAGUUGUGCUCGCUUUUAGAGAUUGUGAUAGUAUACGCGUCUGCAUGGAGAUUCCUGCGAUUGAUGCGCGCAUGUGAGUCUAGCUGAGCUGCGGUACUUGCUUCUCCGAUGGUGACAGGGUCAUUUGCACAGCACGAUCUUACGAAUGAUGCUGUUCAGCGACUGCCUUGCAUACGAUAUUUUUUUGAUGAUGCUGCCUUCAGCGCUGCUGAUGUUGUGAUAGUAGGAUCGUUAGCGAAGAAACUUUAUUCGUGGAAUGGCCAGUUUUGCGAACCAGCCCCGUAUGAUGGCUUUAUUGCUGGUCAUCAGUAGGUACUGCCCGUAUCAUGUCACCCAUGCAUGUUAGGUUACGGCGCUCUCGAAACUUUGACGACAUCGAUCCAUGUGAUAUGGUUCAGUAUAGCAGCAUAGACGCGCUGCAGCAGUGUCGAUACUCGGUUGCGUGAAACUGUGUGCGAGCCGGACCGAUAACCAGUGCAUGUUGCCAACGCAUGCUAUCCUAUACCAAGGGUCGCCGAAAGAGAUGUGUUCAUGAUAGUUGAAUCGCUAUCUUUGAUUAACUAUUACUGCUUGUCGUCUGACAGCUUCUGUUCAAACUGAAGCCGCUGUAAUUGUGGCUAGUUCAUAUACAACUUAUUGGGAGAGCAUAAAAUCGCAAACCUGCGACGUAUAGCAUUUCAUGACCUCGCCCGAAUUGUACAAUGUAUCGGAAAUGUUUCGCAAGCGUGUUCAAUGCUCACGGCAGUUCAUGGGAAUUUACACUUGGCCUGUGCAAUGAAUCCGCUGCGUGUAGCAAGCUUCGCGUUGUCGGCUAAAAGUUAUACUGUUGUACAAGCACGCAUAAAAGUUAUAUUUUAUUGCAUAAUAAGUAAUCGCGUGUCACAUGUAUCAUUAGAGUAGUAUCGAUAACAUUCGUUCGCACGUUCUCAUUUUUUCUGUUCAUCUCAUGCACACAUUACAUUUGCAAUCUGUUCGUCACCUGUUUCGUAUAUUCCGCACAGCUUCGUAUUGAGAGGUUCUUAAAAAAAAAAAAAAGAUUAAGUUUGGGCAUAUUUUUACGCCAUACGACUAUGCAGUUUGCGUUCAGUACGUGUGGAGCACGAGAUUAGCAUUAUGUUCCUUCAACUGGGGUGUAAUUCAAUGUGUACAUUUGUCACUAAUGUGGCCAUUUCAUUCUCUAUCUCUCUCUUCUUUCAACUGCCAAUUUGCGUGCAUUCUUGACAUGCAGACCGUGCCAGUGAAAUGGUUCUGAAUUGUGUGCUUUUUUUUUGUGUGUAUGAAGCAAUAAAAGCUCGCAUACCGGCAGCUUUGCAAAUCAUUUCGGUCGGCAUACUAUAGUAUGUGACCUGACUUCUAUGGUUGCGGAAUUAGCGUCUCCAUUUGCUGUGAAUGGUGGUAUGCGUGUGUAUCUCUGUGUACACACUUCGCGAUGACCGACACAUAUGGGUCAUACACAAAAACAUUUUUGUUUAUUAUUGACCGGUGCUCCGUCGCUUGCUAAGUAUUAAGUGAAUCUUAAAGUUUAAAUAAUAAUUGUAUUUCUAAUGCGUUUCCACUUGGUGCCAAUCGAGAGAGAUGUUUUCAUUGAGUAACAGUGUUUGGCAUUCUUAAUGAUGUUGACCAUCUCUGAUCUGACCGCAUCAAGAUAUGAGCAGCACUAACCCUGUACGACGUCCUCCAAUAAUGGCCUCGCUAAACGCAAGCUUUUUGUGUGUAAGCGUUAACAAUUACACUUGCCUUUAUGGUUGAAUACCAGCAUAAGUUGAAACGCGAUCACGAGAACAAGAUUUAUGUUUAAGCUUGAAUAUGGUGUUAUCGCAGCCUAGCCGGGGAUUACCGAAAUAGAAAGAGCUGCCAGCAUUUCAUUUGUUCUUAUAGAGAGUGGUGCAGUAACGAUGUUGUAGGAGGGUUCGGAUGCCGAAUUUUGGCAAUACAGUGCGUUUAUCGACCAUAGGUGAAAGAUUCUGUAGCACUGACUAAUGGCCUUGCACAUGCGUAACGGCUUGAGUCGAUCUCGGAAGCGUGUACUAUAUUGUCUGGUGCUUACUGCAUGCAGAUGGGCUGAGUGUUGCCAGCGAAAAGCUCCAGUAUUGUAUUAUUACUGCAUCAGAACCAAUCGAAGAGUUAGCACGUCACAUGAACAUGUUCCAUUUGGGAGUAACUCGUGACUAUGUAGUAAAUAUGGGAACAACAGUGACUCGGCAAAACCUGCUGGCACUGUGCUAUUAUAGAGCGCAGGCCUACAUGCACGUCUCUUGAUACGGCGUCACCUGCCAAGGCUAUGAGUGUGGAAUGCAAAAACGCCCGUGUACCGUUAUUUUGGUGGACAUCAAAUAACCGCAGGUGGUAAAAAUUAAUCCGGAGUCCCCCACUCUAUACGGCGUCCCUCGCAACCCACGGUGCAGUUUCGGGCGAUCCCGCCGCGGUAUAGCUCGAU